AGACCCGACUUUGCAGAAGGCUGCUCUAGCAAAGGAGACCGAAAAGGUGAAAUCCUUGGGAACCAAGCUGAACUGAAUAUUGAAAAAGAAGCACUAGUCUACGACAUAUGCCGAGAAAAAAUAGAAGACAUUGCAUCAAA